UCGCUGGUGAGGUGAAGUUAAGCCUGAGCUACAUUGUCCUCUGCUUCGCUGCCUUCCCGUUCAUAACCGUUGUUGCACUAAUGGCAGUAACAGAGCUCAUAGAUGAGCAUGUCUCAACAAAACAGUGCGAUCUUGCCGUCAAUGCACUCCUCAAACACGCGCAGAAGGCGCAGGAGAAAAUGCAGGAUUCAGAGCUUCUAGGCGGGAGAGAACAACACGUAUGGCUAGUCGUAACGGUCAAGAAAAUGCAGCAAGAGAAAAAGCUCAAGCCACGCAGGAUGUAUGCAUCAGUCCUUUUCUCAGACGUGGGACUUUGCUCAGGAAUGAUAUUUUCAUACAGACCAAUCGUUCAUCCGUUGGUCGAUCCGCGAACUUCGCCCAUUUGCCUUAUCACGAAAGACCCCCAGCGCGAGUACAAGAACUUGCUCGAGGAGAACAAAAUUCGUUUCAUCUCACGUGUCGUUGGUAUUUCGAAACUGAAGGGCAAAUUCAAGCCCUUCGAAGCUCGCAGACUGCUUCUGAAAGAGAACGGCCUCUUUCUGGCUGAUGAGCGAGUAAUACCGUUGCUCCCCGGUUUGUUAGGGAAGAAAUUCUUCGAUGCUAAAAAGCAACCUAUACCCGUCAAGCUCACUGCGAAGGAUUUGAAAAGCGAGUUGGAGCGUGCUAUCACGUCUACAUACUUCCACCAAAAUCAGGGUACCUGCGCCUCUGUUAAAAUCGGCACCCUUGAACAAGAACCUGAACAUGUCCUUGCCAACCUAAAAGCUGCUCUUCCCCAUGUCAUCAAAGCCGUUAAGGACGGUUGGGACAAUAUCCAAAGUCUGCACAUCAAGACGAGUUCUUCCACCAGCCUGCCACUAUGGUCAUGCACACUUGGAGACGUUGAAGGUGGACGAUGGGAUGGCUUGACCGCUCCCGAUGAUGUUGUAAUGAGCGAGGAUGAGGAGAGUGAUGGAGAAAGUGAGGAUGAGAUGGACGUUGAGGAAGAGAAGCCUGCGAAAAAGACCUUGGCAAAGGCGAAAGCGUCUGCGGAGGUGAAAGGAAAGAAACGAAGCGCCGACGACGAGGCCGUGGAAGACAAACCGAAGAAGAAGGUGAAAGCCGAUGUUGUCAGUGUGAAGGAAGUCAAACCUGCUGCAUCCGCGGAAGCUCCGUCAACAACGAGGAAACGCAAAGGUACAGUUUCUAAGCCUUCAGAAUCUGUAGAGAAGUCGGGCGCUGCGGCUGCGGUUUCAUCACCUGCUGAAGUGGCCGGAAAGAAGAAGCGAAAACAAAAGGCUACAACUGAGCCAUCAGAAGCCUCUACUUCUUCGGUUCCUCCCCCUUCUGCACCUGUUGUAGCGGCUUCUGCACCUCUCACUGAACCCUCAGCUGCACCUGCGGACGGCCCUGCCAAGAAGAAGCGACGAAAGUCGCAAAACGCACCUUCCGAUACACCUCCUGCCGACGCGAUAGCAUCAAUAGAACCUGCAGCUGUUGUCAGUACUCCGGUCGCCGAAGUUGCCGCUCCGGAGAAGAAAAAGAGGAGAAAAGCAAAGGCACACUCCGAGGGUGCAGCUGGGGCAGCGCCUGCCCCAACGGAGCCCGCCUCAGAGCCCGCGACUACAGCUGUACCGGCUAUUCCCACUGCGGUCAAGCAGAAAAAGCCACGAGUAUCUGCAGUGGACUUCUUCGAUGAGACGCAGGGAACGCCCGCUCAACCUCCCACCGUUGCGCCUCCACCUAAUACUCCCGCAGAUGGCCUUACCGCUGCUCCCACUGCUGCUCCCAACAAGAAGCGGCGAAAGUCCAAGGCGGGCGUUGAGAGCACACCUCUCACAACUGCCCUCAAUAAGAUCGCAGAUGAAGCUGUGACGAAACCGGUCGAAGAUGAGACGCCUGCAAAGAAACAGAGACGUAAAAAGCGCGCUUCUACUACCGCCAAACAAGCCGAUGGAGAGGCCACAAUACCUGCUGUUAUUUCCGCGUCGCUGCCUUCCGCUGUGGAGACACCGUCAGAAGAUGUGGCUGCUCCUGCUUCCUCCGAUGUUAAGGAAAAGAAGAAGCGAAAGCACAAGAAGGCUGAAGCUGACGGUGCUACUCCGCCUGCCGACACUGUAUCUGACACUCCCACCGCACAAGACGUCAAGCAGAAACGCAGUGCAUCGGGCGCUGGGAAGAAGAAAGAGAAAGUAGCAAAGGGCAAACGUGGUGGUGGUGAGACUGCGAAGGAGAGUUUACUUGGAGUGAAGGGCUUAACAGCUUAGGUUUUCAUUGUGUUCGUACCAUAUUGAUCGUGAUCCGUUAUUCAUGCCUUGUUCUUCACAAUUACCGCGUUGUUACCGCCAGCAGUCGAAAGUAAUAGAGUGACUGUCAAACGGACAUGGUACGAUAUGGUAGAAGCGUUUCGUUUCAUUAUUUAUUGCGAGCACUCAAAGUAUUUAACAUCACUGAGAAAUGUCUCUAUCCCAUCGAAUUCCUUCAAGGUCGAAUAGACCGAUACCAAGUGCUUUCAGAGUCUGCAUGCGGUGUAGCCAGAAAGUUCGCUUCGCUAAAUGCCUAUAGUACCAGUGUUGAAUCGGUCAGCACAAUCCAACGGACUUUGCAAAAGGACUAACUCAGUCGACGGCCACUCCACAUCAACAUGAACUUCCUCUAAAGCGGGGAAGUUGGUUCGUCGGAGGUUUGAUACAAACGAGUCCCAUUGCAGGUCUGGUUUCUUAGCUGCAGGUCUUAUAUGUUAACGGCCCGUUAGAUUGACAUGAUCUAAACCAAUUAUGUUGCCGAUGAACGUACCGCACGAAAUGGCAUUCCGUG